AAACAGCAGCCACAGGGAUUGCAGAUAGUUUCACUCGUUUGUGUGUUUGCUCUCUGAGCCCCGCCCUCUCUUCUGCGGUUGUGCGUGCUGACAUGAAGGUGUGGCCUCUCAGGUUCCUCCUUGUGAUCCAGGAACUGCUGGCUGAACAAUGCUGCUCAGCCAGUUUGAAGCAGAGAGCUUAAGAAAGUGGAGGCAGAGACGAGCUGGGUGGGAGCAUGGCAGACCCAGGGAAGGUAGAAAGUGUCUCCAAACAGCAGUCACCCGCCUGUGGAGACUCAAACAAAGACUCUGUGAAGCCUGAACCCAAAGUGAGUCCUGUCAAAGCUGGACCUGCUGAUCUGAACAAGAUGGCACAAGGUCCUGACAUGAAAAGCGACAAGAAGCAAAGCCAGGAGCCGAAAGUUCCAGAGGAACUCAAGAUCCAAGAGGACCUGAAAGAGUCUGAGGAUCUCCAGAAGCCUAAGGAGGGAAAGCAGGAGAAAGGACCUCAGACAGAGGAGGGGAAGGAGGAACCUUUGGGCCCCGACGAUGUGGUUUGUGAUUCCUGUAUCGAAAAUCCUCGCAGGGCUGUCAAGUCCUGCCUCACCUGCCUUGUUUCCUACUGCGAGGCCCACCUCCGGCCUCACCUGGAGAACCCAAAGUUUCAGAACCACCGGCUUCUGGAACCACUCAGAGACAUUGAGAGGCGGACUUGUGAGAGCCACAAGUGGCCCCUGGACCUCUUCUGCUCAGCUGAGACCUGUUGCAUCUGCAAAGACUGUGUGACGGAAAAUCACAAGGGCCACAACAUCCUGCCGGUGGUGGAGGCUCGAAGGCAGAUAGAGGAAGAACUGAAGGGGAAGCAGGCAGAUAUGGUCCAGACCGUGGCGACGGCAGAGAGUGCCAUCAACAAACUCCAGGUCAACACGGUUUCUAUUGAGCACUCAGUGACGGAAGUGCAAGAAGUGAUUGAGUCGCAGUUCAAGGAGCUGGAGGCCAUGGUGGAGAAGGCAAAGAGGGAGGUGAAGGAGUUCCUGGAGGGCGAGGAGAAGCAGGCGCUUCGGCAGGCCGAGGGAAUCCGGGUGCAUCUGGAGCAACGGUGCAAAGACCUGAAGAGGGCUCAGGAGCAGAUGGAAAAACUGUCCAGGCACAAAAAUGUCGUGGACUUCCUGCAAGAGUACGCAAACUGGAAGAAGGAAGCCCCCGAUUACUCUCUGCCGGGGGUCAACAUCGGACUGAUGGACAGUCUGAAGAUCUUCAGCCGGGUGAUUGUUGACUCUACAAAGAAGAUGUGUGACAUGCUUGAGUCUUCUUACAUUAAAAAGGUCAAAGACACGUGUAAUGAAGAGGAAAUGGUUAUUCAGACAACUGUGAAGACAAUUGUAGCAUCUCAGCACAACAAGUCCAUCCCUGACCCGAAAACGCGUGCGGACUUCCUCAAAUUCGUCUCUCCGGUGAGUUUUGAUCCCAACACAGCUCACACGUUUCUCCGCCUGACCGAGGAGAACAAGAAGGUGACGAACACCACCCCCUGGCAGCACCCUUACCCCGACGUACCGGAUCGAUUCGAGCACUGCCGGCAGGUCUUGGCCUCGGAGAGCUUCUACCUGAACCGCCACUACUUUGAGGCAGACAUCAGUGGUGAGGGCACGCACAUUGGCCUGACCUACAAAAGUAUUGAGCGUAAGGGCGACGCGAGCAGCAGCUGCAUCACAGGAAAUGACUUCUCCUGGUGUAUCCAGUGGAAUGGACGAACCUUUUCUGCCUGGCACUCCAACGUGGAGACCCCGCUGAACGUGGAAAAGUUCACUCGAGUUGGGGUUUAUUUGGACUACACACAGGGCCGGCUGGCUUUCUAUGGAGUGGAUGAAAACAUGACACUCCUGCAUGAGUUCAAGGCUAAAUUCCUGGAGCCUCUCUAUCCGGCGUUCUGGCUGCCUAAGAAGGAGAACGUCAUCUCCUUAGUGACUUGUGGGGAGCCUUUACCACUGAAAAGCCCCUCUCCUCCCUCUUCACCUGCAACUGGUGCUGUUUUAGCAAAAACCAAAGCAGCUUAACUAAGAAUAUCCAAAGAGGGAAAAGAAUAAAAUGCAGACUUGUUGGUUUGUCACGUGUGACAUGCUCACAACAGAUUUGUUUGAACUGUUCACAUUCUUGACUUGUAUUUAUGCAUUUGACUCUGGAGGAAGAAUCUGUGAUCAUGAAGUUGAUGUUACUGUAUGCUUGUGGUGUGUGAACAUGCAGCAGGCCCUCAUGGAAAGUUUCUUCCUUCUGUAAGAUCAAUGAACAUGAUCCUUAAAGAAUAAACGAUGAACCAAAA